AAAGCUUUCCCAUGCCUAUUUUCACUUUUGUCACCACCUCUCUCUCUCUCUCUCUCUUCCUUUCUUCGUGAUCUUCAAAUCUAGGGUUUCCAAUUUCUCACUGCCUGUCGUACACAGAUCUCUCUGGGGUAAUCCAUUACCUGUUUCUGCAUUUUUCUAACUUACUCCCCUGUUUUUCAUACAGUUUUCUGGCAUAAAGAUUCAAUCUUUUUGAAUUUCUUUCCAUUUUUCUGUAUUUUCUUGAUUCCUGAGUUGUUUAUUUACAAACCCCAGUAAAACCCUUGAAUCUUUUAGCAUCUUUCUUCCAUUUUAAUGGUGAAUUGUGAUUAGGGUAAGGUUUUCUUGAAAUACAGGCAAAAUUUCAAGAAAAGUGGUGUUUGUUACUUUGUUAGAUAGUUUUUAUUUUCUGGGUGAGAAAAUUAUUGGUUUAAUGCAUGGAUGUAAGGGAAGGAAUGGCAUCUUUUUAUGUUAAUAGAGGGGUUAAUGGGUCUGGCAAUCAAAGUGGUGGGGGGGUUCAUACCCCACCAUCUGGUUUCAAGAUCCAACCAAACCCAAGUAUGCAUUCUGGUCAGACCAACAUGUGGUUAACUAAAGUGGGUUCACCAAGUUACCCUCAUGGCAUUACCACUGGUGGUAGUAGUGGUGGUGGUUGUGGUAGUGAUUCUGUUGUAAAGAAAAAGAGAGGGAGGCCUAGGAAGUAUGCACCAAAUGAGUCACAUAUGGAGUUAGGGCUAACUCCUGCACCUUUGUCGGGUUCGGGCGGUUCAGGCAGCCCAAACCCGAGGAAGAACAGAGGGAGACCUCCUGGUAGUGGAUGGAAACAAAGGCUUGCUAAUGUUGGUGAAUGGAUGAAUAGUUCAGCAGGAUUGGCUUUUACACCUCAUACCAUCCAUGUAUCUGUUGGAGAGGAUGUUGCUGAAAAGAUAUUAAUUUUCGCACGACAGAGGGCGAGAGCAAUUUGCAUCUUAUCGGGGAGUGGAACGGUUUCUGCGGUGACGUUUAGUCAGUUUACAUCUUCGGGGGGCACUGUGACCUACGAGGGCCGUUUUGAGAUACUAUGUUUAUCCGGUUGUUAUCUGCUUUCGGAAAACAGCGGCCGGACCGGUGGUUUAAGUAUCUCGGUUUGUAGUGCUGAUGGCAAUGUCAUUGGCGGUGCAAUUGGCGGUAGGCUUGUUGCAUCCAGCUCAGUACAGGUGAUGCUUUGUAGUUUCGUGUAUGGUGGCGGUAAUGAUGUUAAAGCGAAGACCAAAACAGAAACAUCCUCAAGGGACGAGAAACAUUUGGAUAUUCAACUUAACGAGACGAGUCCUGAAGCGGUUCAUGAGCAACAAAAUUCACGAGUCGGCUUAAGAAACUCGCCUACUGAAAUUGACCUUACGCGUUGAUGAAUUAUUAUUAUUAUUAUUAUUAUUAUUAUUAUUUAAAACAGGUUGGUAUUUCUGUAUAUGUAGGAUGUACAUGAAUGGUGCUGAAAGAACAGCAAAGAGAGAUUAUACCCUCUUUGUAGUUGUGCUAACGUAUUUGUAACGAUGAACGUGACCAUUUUAUCGGUGUUAAAGUAGAAUUAGGAGAUUGUUUUGACUCGGUCA